AUGCAGGCCCGGAGCCUCAACAUCCCGGCAGGGAGCGGCCGCCUCUCCGUCCUCCAGCGACACCUCGCUGCUGUUCCUGUAUCUGGCCAGGUUUCAACUGUCAGUCAUCCAACAAACUUUCAAUAUACUUUGGAUAAUAACCUGCUGAACACAGAACAGAGACAUUUUUACGAGGAGAAUGGCUUUCUUGUUGUGAAAAAUCUAGUGUCACAUGAGGACAUUGAUGACUUUAGGGUAGUGUUUGAGAAGGUGUGCAAGAAAGAACUGACAGCACCUGGAUUGGUUGUCAUGCGAGAUGUGGCCAUUGCUAAAUCAGAGUUUGUUCCAGACCAGAAAGCUGUUACUAAGGUUCAGGAUUUUCAGGAGCUUCCUGAGCUCUUCAGAUACUGCAGUCUUCCACAGAUUCUGAAGUAUGUGGAAUGCUUCCUUGGGCCGAACAUUAUGUCCAUGCACACAAUGCUAAUAAAUAAGCCUCCUGAUGCAGGUAAAAAGACCUCUCGUCAUCCAAUGCAUCAAGAUCUGCACUAUUUCCCAUUCAGACCAGCAGAACGUGUUGUUUGUGCCUGGACGGCAAUGGAACAUAUUGACCGUAGCAAUGGAUGUCUUGUGGUUAUUCCAGGAACGCACAAAGGAGAUUUAAAGCAGCAUGAAUAUCCAGAAUGGGAGGGUGGAGUUAAUAAGAUGUACCAUGGGGUGCGUGAUUUUGAUCCCAAAGAGUCCCAGAGUUCAUUUGGUCAUGGAAAAAGGAGACACAGUUUUUUUCCAUCCAGUGCUUAUCCAUGGAUCUGGUAUGAACAAAACUGCAGGCUUCAGAAAGGCAAUUUCCUGCCAUUAUGCCAGCGCUGAUUGUGACUAUAUAGAUGUGAAGGGUACGACACAGGAGAAGGUUGAGAAGGAAAUUUCUGAAUUGGCUAUAAAGCGCUAUGGACUGGACAGUGGGAUCCCUCUUCAAAUGGCAGAGGAGGCAGAAUACUACUGUGACCAACACCACUUUAAUGAAACUCUGGAUUGA